GUCAUGAGGGUGCAGUGCUAUGCUCCACUACUACUACAAUAUGAAUGCAUACUACUACUACACUAUGAAUGCAUACUACUACAAUCCUAUUAUUUGAGGAGUCUUUAUGAUGUCACUAGUUACAAAGUUACAGCAAUGUUUCGGUUUCUUGGAAGCAGGAUCAUUUGAAGGAAUGGUCCAUAACUCAGCUGGGAAGCAUUGACAUCCCAGAAGUGAAAGGACUGUGUAUCGGGUGAAUUAGUAAUUGUACUAGUAAUGAAACCGAUAGAAUGUAGAUGUUUGAUUCGUUUCACUUUUCAAUCCUGCCUUCUGCUCGUCUGUGUUCCGGAUUUUGCUUCUCGGAGGAAACGUCACGGGGUGGGGUUUCCGAGCAGAAUGCGGGUUACGUCACUGAACGGGGCUUUCCUCUAUGACGUGGGUGGAAAAGCAAAGCAAGCGAGUUGUGGUCAUAAUCUGAGCGUUGGUACUGGUAGAAGGAUCCGGGCCGGUGGGCGAGUCGGUAUUGUCUGUAAAUCGCUGGCCCAUCGCUCAGUCUAGGUAUAGAAUCAGGUUUGGUGGAAACGUUGGCAACACGAAAGAGAAGGAGAAAAAAAACGCCCUGAGGCGUCAUUGCGCACAGCGGCGCUUGAAGAUUUAAUACCGCUGGUUUCAGCUGGCUCCAGCUCAACCUGUCAGACAGGCCGUGAGAAGUGCACGCAAGCCACCAAGCACGCCAGCAGACAGACAGAGGAAAGAAACUUCUCAAGAAAAACCCAUACCCAAGUACUCGACAAACCAAAUGAGGAACGGCAACCUGGGAGUACUCGAAGAUUUUUUCCCCUGAACGAAACGAGACAACUUGCCUUAGACUUCUUCUUCCACUUAAAGCCUCUACUCUUUUUUUUAUCCAUUUUUUUAUAUAUACGUUUUUGUUAUUUAUAAUACUACAGGACUGGAACACAACAAUGGCACUGUAUUGUUCGGAGGUAAUAGAAUAUUGUUCCCUAUUUUCCGCACCGGACCACAGGAUGUAAUAUACCCUACUGAGAGGCAGACGGACACAAAAGGGAAGCAAAACAUUGUUCUGCUUUUAUUUUUAGCCAAUAGGCUGAAUGUCCUGAGCAUAAUUCACGUCUGAUCUUUUCUUUCUCGGUCAGAAGUUCCUCGCUUUUUUUGACUGUUAGAAUCCACCGUUACAUCAUCCUGCUUUGGGGAGUGGACAUAACAGUAAUAGCUGUGAGUAUCACGUCAGAGAAGUGUUUCUGGAAGGGGACACAACUACUGUGUGUGACAAGGAGUUCAAGCUUCAAAAGAAGGAGCCAUUCAUCUCUUUUUUACACAGGGACAUUUAUUCUCUUUCACACACACACACACACCCAGCACACAAACAUCUGUGAGGAAGCAACAAGUGGAGUGGACACACACACACACGCAUACACUCACGUCCCAACGUGACACUUUUUUCCAUUUUCCGUGGUGGAGGAAGGAACAUGGGCUCGGAGAAAGAUGCAGAAUCCCCGCACUCCUCCGUCAGUGGCCUGGCCAACCCCAAGUGCCGCACGCCGGGCAAGAAGCAGCGCCGCAUCUCCUUCCACAGUCUCUUCCAGAGCAAGCGCGGGGCCCGGGGUGGCGGCACACGUGGUGGGGCCAAAGGGGCCUCGGCUGUGCCCGCUGCUGCUACUACCACCACCCCUACCUCGACCACAGCCAAUGCCACGAGUCCCAGCACAGCCACCACCACCACCACCAACACCCAGCAGCAGCAGCAGCCCCAGAGCCAUCCCCAAACCCCUGCCGCUCCUGCCCCCUCCCCUGCCCUGCGCUCCCCGGAUGCCCCCAUGCCCGUGCCCUGUGGCGAGACAUCAGAACCUCUAUCGUCUAGCCGGGGCUCGCUGGGUGGGUCGCGGGAAGGCUUGGGGUCUGGGUCAGGGUCGGUGACGGGCUCAGGAACUGGAUCGGGGUCGGCAGCCGGUUCCGGUUCCGGUGCUGGUUCCAGUGGUGAACUGCUGGAGUGCCCCUUGUGCCUGACCCGCCAGCCCGCCGAGCAGCUGCCCGAGCUGCAGGGCUGCCGGCACCGCUCCUGCCUGGGCUGCCUGCGCCAGUACCUGCGCAUCGAGAUCAGCGAGUCGCGCGUGCAGCUGGCCUGCCCCGAGUGCGCCGAGCGCCUGGUGCCGCCGCAGGUGGCCGCCAUCUUGGACGACCCGCCGCUGCUGGAGAAGUACGAGGAGUUCCUGCUGAGGAGAUGCCUCGCCUCCGACCCCGACUGCCGCUGGUGCCCCGCCCCGGACUGCGGGUUUGCGGUGAUCGCCUCCGGCUGUGCCAGCUGCCCGAGGCUGGUGUGCGGGCGCGAGGGCUGCGGUGCAGAGUUCUGCUACCACUGCAAGCAGGCAUGGCACCCCAACCAGACCUGCGACUCGGCCCGCCAGCAGAGGGCCAUGUCCCUGAGGACGCACAGCAACCACUCCCCCAGCUACUCCGCCGAACAUGGCACCAAUGAUGACAUCAAGCCGUGUCCGCGCUGCGGUGCCUACAUCAUCAAGAUGAACGACGGCAGCUGUAAUCACAUGACCUGCGCCGUGUGCGGCUGCGAGUUCUGCUGGCUCUGCAUGAAGGAGAUCUCCGACCUGCACUACCUCAGUCCCUCAGGCUGCACCUUCUGGGGCAAGAAGCCAUGGAGCCGCAAGAAGAAGAUCCUGUGGCAGCUGGGCACGCUCAUCGGGGCACCAGUGGGCAUCACCCUCAUCGCUGGCAUCGCUGUGCCCGCCAUGGUCAUUGGCAUCCCGGUGUACGUGGGGAGGAAGAUCCACGCCCACUAUGAAGGGAAGAAAGCAUCAGCUCAUCACCGCAGGAACCUUGCCAUCACAGGAGGAGUGGCCCUGUCUGUCAUCACUGCUCCUGUCAUCGCUGCUGUCAGCGUGGGUAUCGGCGUUCCCAUCAUGUUGGCGUAUGUGUACGGUGUGGUGCCCAUCUCACUGUGCCGCGGAGGAGGAUGCGGAGUGAGUCGCGGCAAAGGAAACGGCGUGCGCAUCGACUUUAAUGAAGACGACGGCCCAAUUACUGUGGCGGACGCCUGGCGUGCCCUGAAGUCUCCCAGUCUGGGCGAGAGCAGUCUGGACGGGGCGGCCAGUGGCAUGAGCACCACCACGCCCAGCGAGGCCGUGUCCGUGGCCCCCGGGCCCCUCACCGAGACGCCACACUUCAACACACUGGCAGGGGGCGCUCUCGGAGCCAGGGCCGGCAAAUACAGCAGGCUGGAGGUGAAGGGUGGUGAGCUGGGUAAAGAGGCGGCCAUGCGGGAGACGGGGAGCCUGGGGGCCGGGAGUGACUGUGCCAGCACCAGAGGCAUGGCCGGAUCCAUCACUUCCUCCUACACCAUACCAGACCGGGAAGGCACCAACCUGGAGAUCCAGGUGGACAUUGAGACCAAGCCUAGCCACCUGUGCCUGACCAGCGAGGAGGACCUCCUCCCGGCCACGGCGGCGGUGGCAGCAGCGGUGGCGGCUGCGGCGGCAGCGUCGGUGCCCGCGGGCUCGGCCAUCGUAGCGGUGGCUGGAGAGGAGCCCCAGGACUGCAGCUCCCGGCGCGGCGGCGUGCUGAACGGCUCGCUCCUGGGCCUGUCGCCGGGCGUGUCCCUGCGCGAGGGCCUGCGCGACGUGACGCUGGCGCAGCCCGAGAGCAUCCGCAGCGACCUGGAGAUGUCCGACACGCAGUCGGACGACAUCGCCGAGCUGACCUCGGACGACUGCGAGUCGCCCCGCGUCCCCCCUCCAACAUCGUCAUUAUCGCACCUGUCGCGCACGCGCACGCACUCGAACCCGCCUCCCCAUCCCACCUGCCGCUCUCUACCCUCCGCGACGGCCUCAGCUGCUGCUCCUGCUGCUAGUGCUGGCAGUGGUGACGGUCUGCACUGUCCCGAUAACGUCAUUCUGUACGUGUGAGGACCCCCCCCAAAAGAAAGGAACCAGAAGGGAAACGACAAAUAUUAAAAUGCGACAAAAAACGGAGAGAGAAUUUAAAGAGAGACUGACAAAAGUGAAAAAAAAAUGGAGAGUGAGUGGAUCUCCUUGAAUCUGAAUGAUGCACAAUCAGCCAGUCAGCCAAGUCCUAUGUCUUACCCACCUGCUCUGGCUUCUUAUUUUCUUUAUAAAACAUCCUUUUCCCACAUUUGCUAUUUAUUGUUUGUUAUUGUUAUUAUUACAACAACUACUAUUAUUAUUGUUAUUAUUUUGUAAGUGAAUCCUUUUUGCAAGCAAGUAAGCAGGCAGCCCAUUGGAUACACUAUGUGCCACCAAUUUCCCAGAGUCCUUUGGGCCGCCAGGGUGAACUUUGACCCUAUGAUGAACCUUUGACCCCACAACAGAAAGGGAUUGGAAUCUUAGCCUGGGCAGGGUUUUUAUUAUUGUUUUUAUUGUUGUGCGUUUGCCAAUGGGAGCAGCUCUGCUUUUCAGAGCCUGGUGUUGUUAUGUGUGUGUGAGAGAGCGGUGAAGAGGUACGGUGGUCCUACCUCGCUUACAACUUGUACAACUUCUUCGGUUUACUUUUUUGUGUGCAAAAAUGCCUUGGCUACUAAAGCAAAAAUCUCAACACAGAAAUAAGGAACAGAAAAACAACAAAUGAAUAAAAAUGUAAAAAAAAAAAAAA